AUGCUACCAAGCGCACCAGCUCGAAGAGGCGUGUCUUACGGUUUUACUCCUCGUCCUUUCAGGUGAUCAACACAGAACGAACCGCAUACUGACACAUGCCAUUUUAUCCCCCGUUACUAAAACCAUAACGUCUGGAUGAGUGGGUCGUUCGCUUCCCCCUCCGCUGAGGUGGCUGAGAUGGACCGCAUCCAUUUUGAGUUGGAGUACACGGUGGGAAUCAGCCAGCGCAUGCGAAUCCCUGAGACCCUCAAGGUGGCUUCAGAGAACCAUCCAGGUUCUCUGUCACUUCAGCAUCCCCUCCCUUUACACACAACGAUGAUGCAGGUGCCGGAGAGAAUCAUUGUAGCAGGUGAUGAUGGGGACCUUCAAUUUUCUCAUCCUCGAGACUUGGACUUAAUCCAAUCCCUCCCUCCCAUGGACCUUCUGAGCAUGAAGGCCCCACCACGUAUCCUCACACUAUCAGAGCAGCCACUGGACUCCCUUGAAACCGAACAAACUGCCACAUCACAGAGCAAUCCCAUCCAUGCAGCUCACUUUCAUGCUCGGCCUCGGAGGGAACGCAGUGCCAGUGAGAACUUGUCUGGCCGCCACAGCAAUCAGAUUGUCCGAGGUGACGCAAGUGUAACCCCUUCCCCUUCUGCCCCCCCAGUCCGGUUGUGUCCCCCCCUCUGUUCCCCUGAAGAUGCUAACAUCCACCUGUUUACCACUGCGGGGUUCCUGUCUUAUGUCAAGUCAACAACCCGUCGGGCCUACCAGCAGGUGCUAGAAGUGCUGGAUGAAAGCCACCGCAGGACGCACCUGGACCUAGCUCUGGAUAUAAACCCUGACGAGUCCGGCCUAGUGGACGCGUCAUCGCUACGACGACAGAUUGUGAAGUUGAACCGGCGACUGCAGCUGCUUGAGGAAGAAAACAAAGAACGCUCCAAGCGAGAAGUGAUCCUGUAUUCUGCUACACUGGCAUUCUGGGUAAUUAACACCUGGAUCUGGCUCCGUCGCUAAGAUUUUGCCAGACUGAAUCUCAAUGAACACUGGAAGCCAAGACAACGUCUUGUUAAAAGUGCAACCAUUAAAACACAGUAUGAUAAUUUAUUACAUAUAAAGGAAACCAUUUGAAACCACACUACAAUCCUCUGGGUUUCUAUUGCAAAUUCUAUGUUAGGAUUUAGUUUGAAAUUUCAAACAUAGCGCUAUCAAGACAAGACCGGGGGGGGUGGGUAAAACUUGACUUUUGAAGAUUUUCAAAACUUUGGUUGGUAUUCACAUCAAACUAUAAAUUGGCUUUGGUCGGGUGCCACUAAACGCCACUAAAACUAGAAGUAAAGCUGAAGUUAGCGUAUUUCACAUUCAAAGAUUCAUCAUACUUGAGAGAGAAAAUAACAUUUGUAAAUUAGACUUUUUAAGUGGAAGAAAAUAAUGGUUAGAAGGGAAUCAUGGGUUUACUGAUGCCCAGACCUGGAGCUUUAGUUACAAGAACAAGUUUCGGACCGGUCUUGACUGUUUAAUAUUUGAUUUAAAAAAAUAAAAAAAGUGUCAGAGUAAGAACAUUAAAUCUAGAGAUGCCAUACUAUUUACGCUGAAUGUUCUUCGAGUUCUGCCUCACCCAACACAUUUGUACAAAGUACUUGAAUAACCUAUUGUUGUAAAUGUUGUAGUGUUGUUUACCGUUUGCAGUGACCUGUCAUUGUGAUGAGCUUGAUGAAGUGUCAAUACACACACUAAGGGAAAGGCCAAUCUGUGCCAUGAUCAUGUAUUUAUUUUUUUCCAUGCUGUUUCCAAAGUUCAAGUUUUUUUCACCUAGAGAAUUUGAACGUGUUUGGCCAGAAUAAAAACAUAGACUGUGGUUUUA